CCAUCUGUGCUUUACAUUCGUUACUGCAAAUACCUUUUCCUUAACAAAGGAAUGGAUUUUGCUUCCCUAAUCUGGUUUCUCUCAGAUACAGUUCCUACCUUCCUACUGAUAGAUUAUCCAUGAAUUCCAGUUCCCCAAACACAUACAUACAAACACCCUUCUGUGAAGCUUGGAAUUAUUCGUUUUAGUGACCUUCACAGAGCACCCUGAAGGACAUUCAAGAGUGCUGACUUCAGAGCAAGUCUGCAAAAUCUUCUUUUGUUUCUAAGCUUCAAACAUGUUAGCCACCCAAGAGGUGGCAAAACUGUACCAAACCGAAUUCAUUCGUGAUGCUCGUGCUAUUGGAGUGCUCUGGGCUGUGUGCACCAUCUGCUUUUCCAUAAUUGAGAUAGUUGUUCUGAUUCAACCUUCCUGGGUGCAGACAAAUGAUGUGACAUACCAGGUUCCACUCCCAGGAGCACCGGUACCAGAGUGGCUGGAGGAAAAACGGGACAGCGGUUACUUUGGAUUAUAUGAAGUCUGCUUUGAGACAGACUGGACUCCAGAUUGUCAUGGGUCACUUUCUACCCUAACUCCCAUUGCUGCAUUCAAAACUGCAGCAGUUUUUGUGUGCAUGUCCUUGAUACUGGUACUGACCAGCAUUGGAUGCUUUGGGCUGUUUUGGUUCUGUAACUCGGCAACAGUAUACAAAAUCUGUGCCUGGCUUCAGCUAACAGCAGCAACUUGCCUUGCUAUAGGCUGCCUAAUUUUUCCAGAUGGAUGGGACUCACCAGACGUCCGGCUUCUUUGCGGAGGCAAAGUGGGCAGAUAUCGACUUGGAAAUUGCUCCAUACACUGGGGCUAUACUCUUGCCAUCUUGGGCAUCAUGGACUCCCUCGUUCUAUCUGUGUUGGCCUUUGUUCUAGGGAAUCGACAAGAUGCCCUGCUGCCAGAAGACUUUUCUCUGGACAAGAAAGAUAAUGUAAUUUAAGGUUUGUGACACACAUCUCACCAUGCUGUUCAUAACUUUGUGAAUGAUUUUGGCAAUUUCAAAAGUUCGUCUGUAAACAGUUGGAAAGCACAAGUGGUAUUACUACAAAUGGCUUGUUGGGAUUGCUUAUAUCAAUAAAAGUGGCAUUUUAAAAUGA